CAGCCAGAGCUCCCCCCCCCCUCCCCCACCGUCUUCCUCAUUCGCGCCGCCCCUCUCUCGAAUCAUUCGCCGCGCCGCCGGCCGCCGAUCCGAUUCGACCCGACCCUACCAGCGCGCAGCCGUGGCCGGGCCGGGGUUCCGCCGAUCGACCCCCAUGGUGCAGCUCCCGGCCAUGGGGAAGCGCCAGCACGCCGAGCCGGCCGAGCCGCCCAUGGCGCCGGCCGCCGCCGUCAAGAUGGAGGCGGACGAGCUCCGGGACUACGAGCACGGCCCGCUCGGCAAGCGCGCCAGGCCCGCCCAGCCCUCGCCUCCCCCGCACCAGGACAUGUAUCACAAUGUACUUGAUGAACCUAGCCCAUUGGGUCUUAGGCUGAAAAAAAGUCCAUCUCUGCUGGAUCUCAUUCAGAUGAGGCUUUCUCAAGCAAAUUCCGAUGCAGGACAGUCCUCUACGGACAAUGCUGAGCCUUCCAAGAAGAAAGACCUUAAAUCUGGUACAUCAUCGUCAGCUGGUGAACGCUUGAAAGCAUCAAACUUUCCUGCAAGUGUAUUGAGAAUAGGUACAUGGGAGUACACAUCGAGAUAUGAAGGUGAUUUGGUGGCAAAAUGUUACUUCGCGAAGCAUAAACUUGUAUGGGAAGUUCUGGAAGGAGGUCUCAAGAGUAAGAUAGAAAUUCAGUGGUCAGAUAUAACAGCUUUGAAGGUAACUUUGCCUGAAAGUGGACAAGGAUCCUUGGAUGUGAUGCUGGCCCGACCACCUCUCUUUUUCAAAGAGACAGAUCCUCAACCAAGAAAGCAUACAUUGUGGCAGGCUACUUCAGAUUUCACUGGUGGCCAAGCAAGUAUGAACAGGCAUCAUUUCUUGCAGUGCCCUACAACCUUGUUAGGCAAGAAUUUUGAAAAGCUUGUCCAGUGUGAUCAGAGGCUACACCAGUUGAGUCAACAGACAGAUGUCAUCUUGGACUCUUCAGUUUUUGAACCCAGAUGCUCUAUAUUUGAGGAUCCGGUGGAAUUGAAGUGCCAUGACUUUGCUAAUUUAAAAGAUGAACGUGAAGAUCUGCCUGGGUUUUCAGGGUCUGUGUCACCAUGUGCUGGUUCAUCUAUGUCUACUAAGAAUGACACAAACGAUUGUUUUGGGAAGCAACCAGAAUUUGUCGCUCAGCCAAUGAACCCAGGAGCUAGUGCUGUAAAUGCACAACCAGUCAGCAGAAACGUAAAUGGUGUAGCUCAAGAAUUCAAUAUCCCAAACUGGUGGAGUCAACUGAAAGUGCCCGGGCUUAGACCAUCAAUGUCAGUGGAUGAUUUGGUCAGCCACCUAGGAAAUUGCAUCAGCGAGCAGAUCACUUCAGGCAAUCCUUCUAUGGCCAACAAUGUGGUGCCUACAAAAGAAUCGCUAGAGGAGAUUGCACAGUACCUUCUUGGCGACGCACAGGGCCCACAGGCGCCGGCCUCCGACGAGCGGCUGAUGGCACGGGUGGACUCACUUUGCUGCUUGCUUCAGAAAGACGCAGCGCCGACAGCCCAGCCGAAGCCCGAGCCAAACAACAGCGGCAGCAUUGGCGGGGAGGACUCGGAAGGAUCAGACGAUGAAUUCAGUUCAGCAUCAACGAGGGAAACCGCAGAUGCUAAUCAGCCGCCACCAGCUAUGUCCCGAAAGGACUCGUUCGGAGACCUGCUGAUGAACCUCCCCCGCAUCGCCUCGAUACCGCAGUUCCUGUUCAAGAUACCAGAGGAUUCCGAGAACUGAAGCUCUGCGUCCCAGAUGAAGCAAGUCGCCUGUAAAAAUUGUACCCGAGCAAUAAGUAAGCCCCCCCUCGCCUGUUCAUUCAGCAAAGCCGAUUCCCCGCCCUGUAAAUGCGACCCAUUUAGGUUCCUUCUUCAGCUGUGAUGAUUCGGAUGGGUAGUCGAAGAUCGUUCGUUGGUUCUUUUAACUCGAGACUUGUGAUUUCAUUGUGCAAGAUCAAGCGCCAAAUUGUUUAUAAUAAUGUUGUGGAAA